UAUCAUUUGAAACAGUAAAAUCACUAAAAUCAGAGUUAUUAUCAAGACAUCAACUUGCCUAGUGUUUUGAAGUUUUGGACUUGAACGUUAUUAUUUUUUAACGAAAAGUGAGCGAGUGAGCCAAUAUCAUAACUAAAUAACAAAGCACACAGUUUUCAGUAUUAUAUUGUUUAAUGUCAGUUACUGAGCGAGUAAAUUUUUAAUGUUAUGGAUAGUUUCCCACCAGCCAACUGUCGUUUGCAAAUACUAAUUGACGACACUUGGCGUCAAGAAAACUUGUCAUUUGACGAAAUAGUUGUUCCCGUUAAAGAAUUACCUGAUCCUGAGGCGGACGCCACCGAUGCUCAUUUGACGCUUACUCAACAAGAUACAAAGUGGACCGACUUAGCUCUUACAAACAUACUUAGUGACAACCCGUUGCCUCCACCACCCCGAGUUUGACACAUUUAUCAUGGAGUUUCCAGAUU